AUGGUAUCCCAGUUAGAUAGGACAUCUGUCCUUGGUGUCCUCAUAUGUGGGCUACCGAUGGUGGAGCAGCUGCGAAGCUGGGAUUGCCGGCUACCGACGGCGGUCGUGACCCUGGCUUCCGCUUAG